GCGCAGUGACGUUUUCUACUGGCUGCAGAAAUGGCGGCGUGCAGCGGGAUUUUCGGUGGGUUUCUGCGGAGAUGUUGCGGGUCUGCGGCGGCGAGGAAUGUUCCUACUUAUGUCAGGAUGUCUUCACUAAUGAGAUUAAUCUGCAGCAGCUCCUCUUUACAUAAAAAGAGUAUGGCUGCUACAUUUCAUGCGAAAUAUACUGAAGAAUUUAUAAAACAGCAGAUUGAAGAGUUCAAUAUUGGGAAAAGGCAUCUGGCUAACAUGAUGGGUGAGGAUCCAGAAACAAUUAAUCAGGAGGAUAUUGAUAGAGCUAUCAGAUACCUUUUCCCAUCUGGCUUGUUUGACAAGAAGGCUAGGCCAAUCAUGAAGCAUCCUUUGGAGGUCUUCCCAAAACAGAGGGCUGUCCAAUGGGGAGAAGAUGGUCGUCCUUUCAGUUACCUUUUUUACACAGGAAAGCAGUCCUACUAUUCACUUAUGCAUGCAGGGGAAAGAGGAAAUGAGCAAAUGUACUACACCAUUCCCUUAAUGAUAUUUCAGGAUACCUAUGAACAAUUUCUAAACAUCCAGAUAUAUGAAGAUCAGAUGAGAGUCAAAGACCUAUUUUCCCUGGAUACCAAGACAGUAAAUUUAGUUGGAAGUAGAUGGUUGAUAAAGGAAGAACUGGAAGAGAUGCUGGUCGAACAAAUUUCUGACCAUGACUACAUGCACUUUCUUCAGUUACUGGAGCGUAUGCUAUCCUUACCAUACUGCAGUAUUAAGGAAGAAUAUGUGUUGAAAUUUCGCAGAAAGCUGGAAGAUCAGUCCAAGAAACAGAUAAUUGAACCGUUACAGUUUGAUGAGAAUGGAGUAGCUUUCAGUAAAGGAGAAGGUCAAAGAAAAACAGCAAAAGCAACAGCCAUAGUUCGAGAUCAUGGAAGUGGAAAGAUAACAGUGAAUGGGGUGGACUAUUUGGUGUACUUUCCAUCACUACAGGAAAGAGAACAAUUGAUGUUCCCUUUCCAAUUCCUGGAUCGACUUGGGAUGCAUGACAUGGAAUGUACAGUAUAUGCAGGUGGCGCGUCUGCACAGGCAGGAGCUAUUCGCUUGGCUUCUUCAAGGGCUCUGCUUAGCUUUAUCACUGAGAAAGAGGUGGAAUCCAUGAGACAAGCUGGCUUGCUGACUCCAGAUCCUCGUGUGAGAGAGCGGAAGAAGCCUGGUCAGGAGGGAGCCCGCAGGAAGUUCACAUGGAAGAAACGUUAAUCAGUGGUUUUUCCUGUGAAGCAACCCUGAGGUGGUUUGAAAUCAGAAGCAGAACUCCAACAAGACCUGUAGUAUGGACACCUGCUCAAACAGAUUUGAGGGCUUGCAAGAUCAUUAUUGUCUCAGAUCUCAAUUUCCUGCUACAUGAGAACAAAGUCUACCUAUGGUUUUAUUUAUCUACAACAAUUCUAGGAAUGAGCCUUUUAAUCGUUUAUAAAAAUAUUCCUUUAUUAAACUGUAAAAGUGGUAUAUCUGCACCGCGAACACUUAACAUAUAAUACUUUCCACUUGUAUAUGUUAAGUUUUGUAUAGUUUAUCAUAUUUGUUUACUAAUCUGCACACUUCACCGGGUAAAAAUGCCCAGUUUCUAUAAUGAGCAGCCAGUCCGCAAUGCUGCUUUUACACUGGAUGACAAGUUGAAAAUCCACUCCAUUGUAAUUAUUUGAUCCUUGGGAACACUUCUCAAAUGUUUCCUCUUUCUCUUCCCUUUCUCUUCAGAACAUGUUUGGCAUUUUCUUUGUGGAUCAGAUAGACAAGAGGCAUUGUUUGUUUUAAUUCUGUUAUUUGCACCAUUUCUUUCAUAUUCAUUUAGUUUGCUUGAAAAAGGAAUUUGUUUUGGUGUCGUCUGAUUUUUGCUAUCAAUUUUUUGCAUUUGCUGUACUACAUUGUUUUAAACGUUUUGAUUUAUACAAACUGUCAUACUUUGCUGUUAACAUCUGUAAUCACGGCAGGAAGGCAAUUUGUAUCAAGUGACUAAAAUAGGCAUGAAUGGUUUUCUGGUGUUUAAAAGGCAACAAAACUUAAAAACUGGAAUCUGUUCUGAAACAUCUCAUCCCACAUUAAUUUCUGCCAACAAAUGACACAGCUUCCACUAUCUUGUCAAACGUUGGCUCUGCUUUUUGCAAACUUUGGACUUUUCUUGGGAACACUACCAAAGAGAAGAGGAUCCCAGCUCAGCCAGUGUUGAGACUUUCAAAUACAAUCUUCAGCUUUUUUCUAGUAUAUAAGGGGGACUGUUUGACUUCAACUUGACCAGAUCAUUUCAUGUCUAGAACCAAAUGGUGCAAAAAGAAAUAUUCAUACUAGAAAUAAUUUUUGAACAAUCGUGAACAACGUGUAGUGAAAGAAAUCUACAUAAUCCUAGGUGUCACCCUUGGCUCAAUGGUGACACUCCCUUCUGAAUGAGAAGGUCAUGGUUUAAGACUACUUCAGAGACUUGAGUACAUAAUCCAGAUGGACAUUCCAGUGCAGCACUAAGGGAAUAAAAGAUCCCGUGACAAUAUUUGAAGAGCAGAAGAGUUCUCCUGUUUUCAUGGCCAACAUUUAUCCCUCAACUAUUGCCGCUAACGUUUUACAAAAGCAAAAUUUGUAAAUGGAAAUCUGAAAUAAAUCCAGAAAAUGCUGGAAACACGCAACAGGCCUGGCAACAUUUAUGGAGAGAGAAAUAGAGUUGAUGUUCCAGGUCUAUGACCUUUAUUCAAUACAACAUUCAGACCUGCUGUGUAUUUCCAGCAUUUUCUGUAAUAUAUCACUAA